AUGAGGCGUGGUGGAGGCCACCGCGUGGCGAUGUCUGUUUCGGCGACAGCCUUUCCUGUUACCGCCUCAUCUUCCUUUUUCUUCUAUCGCCGCUGCUGCAUUUCUACCGACAGAUGUACCGCCACGGCACCGCAGGACCCCGGCCCACAAGCUUUCCUUCUACAGCUUAGACGUCGCUUUGCCCGGGGUGCUCUGGGAGUGAGGGAUGAGGCUGCAACGAAUGUCAUGGAGAAGUCGGACGCCGUGCGCUCUCACGAGACAAUAUCACUGCGGCAGAUACUCAAGUGCUGCGAGGAGGUUUGCGACGCUGAAAGGCCCCUGGCAUGCUCCCCGGAGGAGUGGUCGGAGGCGGUGCAGCUGCUCCUGUAUGCCCUGGUGCGAGGAAAAAGAGAGUCUGGAGAUGAAAGCGUGACGACGCAAGAUCCAUCUGCGGAGAACUCAACGCCGUGGUGUGUUUCCCUCCGCCUUUUUCUUCACACGGCCCCGUCUGGAGGUGAGUCACACGCUGAAAACCCACCCGUCCAUCCUCCAGCCUCUUGCGUGAGUUUGUUGCGGUGUUGCGUGCGCCAUGGAGCACCGGUGAACGUCGUCCGUGCGGUGUACCAGACGCUACGACUGUCUGUCCCCGCAGCGUCAGGGUCGCCAGUUACCGGUUGGCAUGUGCCGUAUGCACGGUUUCUGCUCAUGAAAGCUGCCGCUGAAGAGAUGACGGUAUCGUUUUCCCUUCACAAGGAAGCCCUGCGAGUGUUAUUGCUGGAUGCCGCCGAGGACGGUGAGAUGUUGCAACCUGCUGGACUGCUGCUUUCGCUUGAGGUGCUGCGGCGCCUGGUCACAUGGAGAAAAAACGAAGAGGGUGGUAACUUACAAGAGAAUGUAGGGAUGAAUAAGGUGGAGGAUGCGCUUUGGAGUCGCCUGCAAAGAGGCACGGAUGUUGUGUCGGUUGCCCGUGAUGUCUGUUGCUGCGUGUUUUAUAACAGACAUGUCCCGCAUGCCGUGAAGCGGGAGGCCUUUUGUCUUUUUAUCGCCGUGGGCAUGCGGCUUCCCCUGGAGGAAUUGGACUCUUUUCUUUGCACUGUACACCGUGACGAUGUGUCGGCCGCUUCAGGCAGCGAGAUGACACCGCAACUUUUUUUGGAGACUCUUCAGGCCGUGACGGAGAUACUGAGCAAAGGUGUCGGGGAUGGUCUCGCCAGUUACGGGGCCGUCACGCGUGCAUUAGCCGAGCCGUCGAAUGUCAUGCAUUCCCACUCCACGGCGGUCCAACGUUUUGUUUUGGUGUGGUUGGUUGAUCAUAUCGUGAAGGGAUUGGCGUCCUUUCAGCGUCAGGUGAUUACCGUGGGCAGCGUGAAGGAGAGUAGUCAUUGUGCGGUGGAGUCAUGGGCAGAAUGCACACACGCUGCACUACGAUGCCUGCAGCGUCUUUUUUUGCACUUACCGGACGGACUGCAUGGAACAACAAAGCGUCGGAAACAUGAAUUGUAUGUUGCAAGGCAACAGGCGUUCUGUCUUUUGUUUCACGCCGCCCUUGACGGCGCUUUUUACACCUUUGUUGGAGACAGAGCGUCCUCUGCAUCGGAGCGUUCUCCCUUCUUAGAUGUGAUGUCAGUUCUCAUACAGGCAUACGGCGAGCAUGACUGGCGUCAGCCUUCCGUUGACGUGUUUAUUGAAUGCCUGCAUGCGUGGCACCGCCACGAAGUAUUGCGGCGUGUUUUUUGCCAUGUUUGCCGAAAUGACGAAAGGAGGUGGCGCAUCGGGCACAAAUGUGACAGCACCGGCGAUAGCGCGAAAGAAGUGACAAAUUCUUCCCGCCGUUGGCGCUUUUCCCUUCGUCUCUCUACGUGUCUUGUGGUAGUAGAGUCCUCCUGUCUCCACGAUGACCCGACGACGGCAGCUCUCGCAGUCAGACACAUGCUGCGUUCUCUUCUUGCCGUGAAGUUCAGUGAGCAGCCCGCACAGAAUGUGGAUAACGGUGAGGAUGUUAAGGCGCACGGCGUGAAUGUGGACUCCCUUGCAGAGAACCGCGUGCUGGAGGGACGGAGCGUAGCGGAAUGGACACAAUUUAUCCGUGAAGACAUCAUCCCACGUGUGAAUGAAGUUUUUUGCCGCACCGGCACCGAUACGACGCAACAGUGGCUGGGGGACUUGGAUGCAGAGAGCUACCCCUCCCCUGUUGUUGAGGCGACGCCCGGCACGACAUUUAUUCAUGAGUAG